GUAAAUAUUAUUCUUCCAAAACAGGAAAAAGCAAUAAAGCAAUUUGUCCUCUUCACUAAGCGAUUGAAAUUGAAAUACGGAUCCAAAAUCCAAUUCUUGUAGUGUGUGUGAGAUUGAAAUUGAAAAAGCAAUUCUCUAAUUGCAAUCACUGUGUGUGUGUUGUAAUUUCUUGCAGAUUUCUAGGUGCGGGAUUAAUGGGCUGCACGCAAUCUAAGAUCGAGAACGAGGAAACUGUAAAUCGAUGUAAGGAGCGGAAGCAAUAUAUGGAGCGGGCUGUUACGGCCCGCAACAAGUUCGCGUCGGCCCAUGCGGCCCAUGCGAUGUCCUUGAAGAACACCGGCGCCGCUCUCAGCGACUAUGCUCAUGGGAAAGUCAUAUAUCCCGCCGGCGGCGGGGGUGGAGGUGCUGGUGAUGCCACUCUUCCGCCACCGCUUCCGCCUUAUGAUAAUUUUCCUCUUCCUCCUCCUCCUCCGCUGCCCCAUCCUCCCCUGCCCCCUUCGUACAGUCCGACUUCUUCACCGCUUCAGCGGGCGUCUACCGUUCCUGAACUCCGUACUGAAUUGAAGAACUCGAACACGAUUAUUCAGGAGGAGAAUGAAGAGGAUAUUGACAAUGAGAGCACUCACAAUUUGAAGCAUCGCACCAGUAAGAGUAGUGGACGCGGUAGUGGGGGUGCAAGAGGCAGACUUUCACAUAAGGAGGCUACUGAGGAUGAGGUCCUGCAGAAGCCGCCUUCGCCAAUGCGGCCAAAUGAACGAGAGCGUGAGCACCCGGUCCCUCCUCCUCCUCCUCCGUUGAAUAAAGAGACAUGGGAUUAUUUCUUCUCUGCAGAUGUGCCAAGAUCGACACUGGCGGAUGUUGAGGAUGAUCAGUACAAUAUAGAUGAAAUUCAGCGGAAAGUGCGAGAGGAAAGGAAUAAGAAAAGUGAAAUUGAUGGUGAAGCUGAUGGAGGGAGGAAGGUUGAGCACGUGAAGGCAGCCACUGAAGUGGUGGAACGAACAGUGGAUCUUCCACCACAUGCUCCUCCGGCUCAAGCAGCAGUGGCAACAAAGCUGGCCAAGAGAGUGAAAAUGGGGGCUUCAUCUGAAGGGAAAACUAAAGGUGGACCGAGUUAUACAAACUUGUUGCAAAUAUUUUUGGAUCUUGAUGAUUGUUUUCUCAAGGCUUAUGAGAGUGCUCAUGAAGUAUCCAGGUUACUUGAGGCGACCCGCUUGCAUUAUCACUCAAAUUUCGCCGAUAAAAGAGGACACAUUGAUCAUUCUACAAGGGUCAUGCGUGUCAUCACAUGGAAUAGGUCAUUCAAAGGUUUAUCCGCAGAUAAUGGAGUUGACGACUUUGAUUCAGAAGAGCAUGAGACUCAUGCAACGGUGUUGGACAAGAUGCUGGCGUGGGAGAAAAAGCUCUAUGAUGAAGUUAAGGCAGGUGAGCAAAUGAAACUUGAGUAUCAGAAAAAGGUUGCUUCAUUGAAUAAGUUGAAGAAACAUGGCUCAAAUACAGAUGCUUUAGAGAGGAUGAAAGCAGCAGUUAGUCAUUUGCAUACUAGAUACAUUGUUGACAUGCAAUCCAUGGACUCCACCGUUUCAGAAAUUAAUAGUUUGCGUGAUGAUCAAUUGUAUCCAAAACUCGUCAUCCUUGUUAAUGCGAUGUUUAUAAUGUGGGAGACUAUGACUAUGUACCAUGAAAAACAAUCUAAGAUAGUACAAGCUUUGAGACAUCUGGACAUUUCUCAAUCUCCCAAAGAAACAAGUGAUCACCACCAUAAGCGCACUCGACAGUUAUGUGGUGUUGUUCAGGAGUGGCAUUCACAUUUCGGUGAAUUCAUGUCUCAACAGAAAGAAUAUAUUAAUGCUCUCAGAAAUUGGUUGAAGCUAAACCUCAUUCCAAUAGAUACAAACUUGAAGGAGAAGGUUUCAUCUCCACGUGGGACCCAAAAUCCCCCGAUACUGAAACUCUUGGACACCUGGCUUGAUUACCUCGACAAGAUUCCUGAUGAGCCGAUGAAAGCCACUAUCAAUAACUUUGCUGCUGUUAUUCAGACUAUAUGGCUGUAUCAAAAAGAGGAGUUGGAUUUAAGAAACAAAUGUGCAGAGUCCAGUAAGGAGCUUAUUAAAAGGACCCGGGAAUUCGAUACUUGGAAUAACAAAUAUAUGCAGAGGAGAACCCCACCUGAUGAAAUGGAUGCAGACAUGGCACAUGAUAAGGACCUUAUUGCUGAAAAGCAGCAACCUGUUGAAGCAGCAAAACUGAAAUUGAAAGGUGACGAGGAAGCAUACCAAAGGCAAUGCGUUCAGGUUAGGGACAAGUCUUUGAUGAGUCUGAAAAGCAAUUUACCGGGACUUUUCCGGGAACUGUCAGAUUUUUCUCUUGCUUGUUCGGAUAUGUAUAGGCACUUGAGGUCAAUCACAAAUUCCCAAAACGAAAGUUAGGGUUGAUGAAGGGACAUUUUAUAUAUUAUUUUGUGCUAUUUGGUAAAUUUUUGUUUCACGCUUCCGAAAUAAAUUCCACUGUGUUGUACUUUGUGUGAAAGCGACUGGAAAUGUGAAAUUAUAUACAUACAUAUAUGUUCCUCGCAUAUAUAGCAACUUGCAUAUUGAAGUGAUUUGUUUUACGUAGCUUUUGAAUUAA